AUGCGAAGAGAAAACAAACUUCACAUUGGAGGACUCAACAUUCAAGACGGCACUAUCAUUGACUCCGAUAGCAAACAAUGGUUCCGACCAAAUUACACCGUUGAGUCGAUCAAUUUUAUCGAUCCCAAUUCUUACGAAAAUGCAUUCAUCAGAGCUUGCAACAAAGUUCAAGCUCGUCGCAAGAUGGCUCAAUUCAAAAAGGAUGAACUACUUGGACAUGCACUUGCUCAGGAUUUGCAAAGCCGUUCUAUUGAUAUACAAGGAAUGACCAAGCCACUCGACACCAAGUUUGAGCAUUGUCACUUCACCCCACGUUUGCAGUCUCACACAAAAUCAAUGCUUGGUGAUGUUUACGACCGGAGUCAAACUACGAAGCGCCGAGCUUGCCACCGCGUCGUCAUUUUGGAAACAAAAGAAUACCCUAAAGUCAACUCUCUCACAUGGCGCGAGACUCUCUAUCUCACUUUGGUCAUUCAAGACCAGUACACUGAUCAAGGUCUCUACAAGGAAAAGAGCAAAAGAAUCCAACGACACGAAUUUUUACAUCAAGCCGCUCCUGUUCUCAUGAUCUCCACCUACAGUGGUGGCCAAGCACGUAUCAUUGUUGGAUACGUUGGCGACAAGAUACAAUACAACUUCUCCGAAGUUAUUCAAUUCACCAAGCUCGAUUUCUCCUUCCAACUUCCCUAUCUUCUUGCUUGGACCAGGCCUCAUUGCCUUGGUGACACAACACUCUUGGAUCCCGCAUUCUUGGAUUCUCGAAUUACUACUAUUGAAGAUUCGGAGGAGAGUGAUGAUUCUGAUGUACCGGUUGAUGGUGGUCUUACUGUGGAGGAACCUCGAUUGCUUCAACCAGAAGUUUUGGUGGAUAGCAGUGAUUCGGCUUGGGAUUGGGAUGCCGCUUUUGAAGAUGGUUCUUUCGAUCCUGACGACAUUCUCGUUUGA